CCGCGUCACUUGACGGAGAUUGCUGCUGCUGCUGCUGCCUUUUCUCUCUCUCUCUCUCUUCGACUGACCUCCAAUGCUACUCUUCCUCAUUCUUCUUUCCGCCUCAUCCCUCCCUCUGCGUCACCAUCUUGUCUUUCUUCCAUUCGUCUUCUCCUUCACCACGAAUUUUUUUUCCCCUGUUGCGUUGACUCAUUGGUGGCGUCGCCAUCGUCAAAUCUUCAGCACAGUCUCCAUCAUCACGCUUCAGUCCGUCGUUCUGACUGUCCAUCCGGCGGGCAGGCACGUGAAAAAGGAAGGGACCGAAAAACAAAUACAAGAAAAAUAUAGCAACACAAGCCGUCUCGUGUGAAUGCCUUUCGUGCAACGAGUCCCGAAUCCUCACAACCCUUCCUCCAACACCCGCCGCCCCGACCAGGCGCACAACCACCUCAACCACACCUCAUCGUCACCCUCAUCAUGACAACCGCAACGACAACCACCACGGCCAUGACCACCGCGCUCCCCGCUCCAGACUACCACAGCCUCCUCACGCCUCUCCUCCCGGCCUUGCCCGCCGCCGCUGCCUCCACUCAGCCCGCCACAAAGGUCCUCCCGCUGCUAUCGCCCAUCCUCCGCCAGCGCGUCCGGCUCCUCGCCUCCUCGCCUUCGUCUUCCUCCUCGCCCUCUUCUUCCGCGGAACCUUGGCUGCGGCUGCUCUGCUACGAUGCCUCCAAGGCCGCUCGCCUCGCCGAGCUCGUCCGCAGCCCGAGCCUCGAGCCGCACCCCGUGUCCGGCGAGGUCGAGGUCGACUGGGACUACGACGCUGAGACGCGCUUCCGCCGCCUCGACCAGGAGACGCUCCAGGCCCUCGUCGCCCUGACGGAGCUCGGAAUCGCCUUCCGCCUGGUGUACUGCGUCAACGACCAGGAAGGGGGCGGCGACGGGUGGAGGGUCGGCGAGGUCACCGUGGCGGCGGACAACCAGCCCUCGCCGUUUUCCGACUUUGAAGGCGCCUCCACCAUUGCCGAGGCGGAGAGGCAGUUCAGGGAGGGCAAGACGGCCACGAUCCAUCUCAACGGUGGCACCAGCAGUCGCGCUCAACUGGCCGUCAACCAAGAAGAUGAUGACGAUGACGACGAUGACUACUGGGGGCGGUACGAUGCCACACCGGCUCGGACGCCGGCCGGAGACAAGCGCUCGCCAGCUCCAGGCCCGGCCGGCGCCUCCUCCGUCUCUCACAACAGCCGGUCCGAUCCCUACCGCUCUGCCUCCGCAGAAGACGAGUACUUUGCGCAGUACGACCAGGUCCAGCCCGCCAUGGACAACCACGACCCGGACGAGGAGGCCGCCGCCGCCGCAGCACACGUCAUUCCGCCCCUCGGCAUGGGCACCACCUCCACGGCCGGCCCAGCAGCAGCAUCAGCAUCAGCAGGCGCCAAUGGCACCCUCGCCCACCCCCGGCCCAGCGAGCCGACCCAGCGCUCCGGCCUCCUGCUGCCCACCAACCCGGCCGACGACGACGGCGAGCCCGCCGCCGCUCGGCUCCUCCACCCGCGCCCAGACUCGAGCGCCAGCUCCAACGGCUCGCACACCGUCGCCCGCCUCGAGGAGACGGCCGGCCGGCGCGAGGCCAGCGAGUUCGGCGUCAAGCAGCACGUCUCCCGCAGCAUCAGGAGCCUGUACAUGCUGUCCCGCGCCUCGGGCAUCGACCGCGACGAGUUUGAGCGCAUCGUCAAGACGGAGCUCGACGUCCUCGGCAUGAUGGAGGAUGAGGACUGAAACACUGUCCGUCCGUCCGAUCUGAUCUGAUCUGAUCUGUUCCCCCUUGCGCGCCCAUCGGCGCGCUCCCUCUUCCCUCCUCCCUCCUCCCCAUCCAUACAUCCAUAUAUCCACGCUUUUCCCCAUCUCAUCACCUCAUCCAUCAUCCAAGUUUACCGUAUCGCCUCCAGCACCCCUUCUCAUGGCGUAGCUCCUGCAUGUUGUAUCCGGCACGGUUGGCAGACAAUGAAUGGAGGGAAACAGGCAUGAAGCAUAUCAAUUUUUUUAUUUAUACCAGUCCGCACAGGGUGAGGGACGGGCAUUGCACAAGCACGGCGUCUUGUUGGGCAUUUUUCUGGAUUUUCUGCAUUUGGGGUCUGAAACUUGGACUUUGUAUCAGCAUCAUUGCAUUGGAAAGGGGAGUCUUGGGCGACCUCGCCACACCGUAUGCCGCUCAUCUGGCCUGUUCAUACGCAGUAGCCAACCAUAGCGGUACUAGUAAUAGUAUCAUUUGCCUACCAUCUACCUGUCAAAGCAGCAACAAUGCAGCAGACUGUCACCGGCAGCCAUUUGUGCAUCUCGUGCAAGCGCGAAACGCCGCUGUUGAAACAGGGCCGUUGGUGGAAUAGCGUUCCUCAGG